GCGCCGCCUUGGGGAGGGGGGAGAGAGGGGAAGAUGCAUCCAGCAAACGCUACGACUUUUUGCCCUCUAGCGGGGGUUGACAGAAACACGCACUUUUCGGGAGCCUCAGGAACCGGUAGCGACCCGGCGGAGACCAGUCCUGCCUCGUCGCUUCCCAGCUCAUCACCGUUCCUCUCAUCCAGUCCCGUUCCAGUUUAGCCAGCGCUUCGACUUGUCCUUCGCUUUCCUCGACCACUGCGCAGUCACAGCUUUUAGCCUUGCCUUUUGGAUUUUCGCUCUUCCAGCACCUUGGUUUUUUUCUUUGCUCAUUUUUUUCUCAUCAGCAUCCUGGUAAAGUUUAUGAUUCGCUUUCCACUCUCUCUCUCUCUCAUUUUCUUUAGUUUUUAGCUAUCACUCAAGACAGCACUUUGACGAGUGAGCAGUUCUGUUUUCUUUUACGCGCAGUCGCAGGUGUUUGUGUUCUCAUUCUCCCUCAUUCGCAUUACGCCGUCGCCGUGUAGUUAGCUUUACGCCUUCACACACUUGUGAUGAGUUUUGAGUUAUGUUUUUACGCCGUCGCCACGCCUUUUAGUAUGCCUAGCUAAGCACCACAUUUUGAGCCGCGGACAUGUGAGUUUGCCAUGGGGCUUCCGCCCCCCUACGCCUUGGACUUGGCCAGCCGCCAUCCAUUCUAGCCUUAUUAUCAGCAUGUGAGUAGUUGUUGUAUAUUUUGCGGGGGGUAUCCAGGUUAGGUUUAGUUUUCUUUUUCUCUAGUUUGCCAUUUUCCUUCUUCUCUUAGGUUUUUCGCCCUUUUACCCAUAAAAGGUCGUGGUCCCUCGUGCCAUUUUCUCUGCCAUUUAGCCACUUUCCUCUCUUUCCUUCAUUUUCUUCUCAUGCCAUUUAGAGGGUCGGAUAGGGGCCGCAGUCCCCCCGAUUUCGACUUUCCUCAGAAACGUCUCACCUACUCUCUCAACACCAAUGAUUACCCAUGGGAAACACACCUUUGUGUGUGUGUAGUUUUCUGCGGGAAUAUUUAACGAUUUUAAAUUUCAUUUUGCAACGCAGGUACAAAUCGGCGACGCUGAUUGGCUGAUUAGCUGAUUAGCUCGUGAUUGGUUCUGUGUUUUGGUCGUUUGUUUAUUUACAAUCGGCCCACAUUUUAGUUUAGGUUAAGGUUAGGUUUUCCUACUUUUUCCAACCAGAGACAAUUUCCAACGCACACCGUCGCUCAUUUUCCAUUAAUCAUUUAAUUGCGAUUCGUUUUCUUUGCUUCAGCCCUUUGGGUGCGUACUCGGAGCUCUCUAGUUUUCUGUUCUCCGCAUGCAACGUGACAAAAGUUCCUCCCCUGAUCAAUCUAGUUUUCUGAUGGAAUCUUCGUGUGGCAAUGGCAAUACCUGGGUUUUUUCCCUCACCCUCUUAUUCAAUAAUCAAAAUCGCAGUUGAUCCUGUUACACCUCACUCUUUAUCGGCACUGUGCAUUUUGUAUCUUACCUGACCGAAGGAGUAGUCAAGUCAGUACCAAAUGAUGAUCUUUGUCUUCCAUUCUUGCAUGUGUCCAUGGACGGAAGGGUAGUUACAGUCCACCCUCGUGACCCUCUUGUCUGCCUUCUUAGGCAUGAUUCAGCUUUCAUAUCGCAGUCCUAGAAGCUUUGCCUCAAUGCUGAAAGCCUCGGAGAAUGUCACAGAUAACGUUCAUGUUGAAGAUCUAAUUGAGGAAGUGAAAAAGAGACCAGCCCUGUGGGACAAUAGCCUGCCGGAAUCUAAGAACAGAAGUAUUAAGUAUCGUGCAUGGGGUGACAUAUGCUCUGCACUAUUAGAGCAUUUUUCACAGAAGACCAUCCUAGAAAAAGAAAAUAUUCAGAAAAAGUUGUUAACAAAAUGGCACGCAAUUCGAGACAACUAUGUUAAGCACAAGAGGAAAGAGCAGUCGGAAUUGGAUGAAGCAAGACGGACAGGAGCCCCUUUGAUUCUGCCUCCACGCUACAUUUAUGCCGAUAAUCUGACAUUUCUGGAUCAUUCUAUCUCGCUACAGGCCUCUGCGGAUUCCUCGGAUGUUGAGGAGAUUGUCAAAGAGCACCCGGAGAGUGAGGAAAUUGUUUUCAAGGAAGAGAAGAUCGACUUUGAGGAGGAUCCAAACUUCUCAGAGCCCUCCAUUAAAAAGGAACCCAUACUGGAAGAGCCGAGCACCUGGCAAGACGAUCCGUGCUCAUCCUCGACUGCCGCUUGCGACCCCCUACCCGAUCGGGAAUCACCGGAGACAACGUUCCAGCCCCAAGGGUGGCAUCAAGAGACGGUUGACUCGGAGCCAGGAGGAAAGCGGAGACGCGUCGAAGAUGUCAACGGCGACGCUGCCUUUUUCGAAUCUCUUCUACCUCUGAUGAAAGGGUUCGACAGUCAGAAAAGGCUCCGGUUUCGUAUGCAUGUCAUGUCCGCCCUCGCGCGUUUCUGUGAUCCUAAUUACUCGCAUUCAGAAAGUGAUUAAAAUAUAGUGUCAAGAAACCUGAAUAACCUAGAGUACCUUUAUAGACAGAGUAUGGUCAUUUCUGUUCCGGUUUUUCAUUGGUCGCGUGAAAAUAGGCUGACACGAUGUUCUUACGGCCGUAAAUAAACAAACAAAAUGGCUGUUAUCAGCA